UGCACGCAAGAUGACAGCUGUGUUCAGAGGUAUCCUAUAAAUGAAAAGGAGAGAAGGAGGGAAAUUUGAAAAUAAUUUUGGAGAAACAGGACAAUGAGCCUUGCGAGAACAAGCAGCAAAACUCAGCUGAUAAGGACACAGGGUUGCAACUGGAGGAAGCCAAGCCUGGAGCAGCCAAAGCGUCUGGUCUACAAAAAGAUCAUCAAACCACUAAUGGAGAAGAAACGAAGGAACCGAAUUGCUCAUUCUCUCAAUCAGCUAAAGGCUCUAUUGCUAGAUGGGUCCAAUCCAGGCAACAAGGCUCUUUCUAAUUCUCGCAUGGACAAGGCAGCUCUUUUGGAAAUGACUGUAAAGCGGAUCCAAACGUUGCAGUUAGCAGCGGCCUUCAUCUCAGACAGACAGCAGUAUCAGGAGACUCCGAAUCAACUGGCCUCUGCAUCCAGCUCCAUUUGUGAGACCACCACCCUGGCAAUCCCUCUGCCAGCACCUAACCUGGGAAGUAUUUCCAUCUGGAGUGGGAAACACCUGACUUCUGCCACCCUUCACUGUUCUGGAAGGUCUGUUCCUUCUGUGGUCCUCAGCAAAACAGGGUCUCAGGUGUUCUGGAGACCUUGGUCUACAUGAAUGUCUUCUUAUUCAUGCAUGGGUAUGUGAAAAGAACCUUGCCUGUACUGGAGCCUCUAAUUUAUUUCUCAGUGGAUAAAUGUUUUCAGGAAAUCCGUUCCUGCCUAUGGUGGGAUGUAUUUAGCCUCUUGUUCUUGCUGUGUCUCUUGUCUUAACCUCCACAUGCAAGCUGAUUUUCUUCAGAUA